CAAUCAACGUGAUUCAAAUUGGGAACGGUAGCUGAGAUCAAGAGCUACAACAUAUCCAAGUUUCGCGACAUUCCAACGGCUAGUGUUUUGUCGACGUCGUUUCUUGUGAAGACGACUUUUCUGUCCAGAAUUUCGGAUUUAUAUUUUGAGUAAUUCUAGCUCCUAAGUUCACCUAGACUCUGUCCUUAAUCCUAACAAGUGGUAUCAGAGCAAUAUUAAGGACAUUGAGAGGAGUCUACAGAAGUUUGAAGACCCUUCUAGACCCACCAUGGCCUGUGGGUGUGCCUAAGUGGUGUUCUAAAGGUUGGAUGUGUCUUCCGCUAAGGGGAAACUCUGCCGAAAUUUCAGAAGAUGCCGGAAGAAGGCGAAGCACGUGAACGGUGGAUUGAGAAAAGCGCGGUGCUUUUCGACCUCAUUCUUCAAUCGGUCAACAAGGAGAUGUUCGAGCACAUCAAGGAUCUUGUGGAAGCGGAUGAUUCGGGUCCAAGGGCGUGGAAACUACUACGUGAUGUGGUUCAGCCCAACACUCUCCUGAUGGUGAUCGUGCUCGAGAAGGAACUUGCUGCCAUCUCCAUGCAACCAGGGGACGAUGUGAAGCCGGUCCUUGACAAGAUCAAGGACACCUAUGCAAGGAUGGCAGCAGCGGGCAGCAGUGUAUCUCAGCUGCAGCAGUGCACCAAGAUCAUCUCGGUAUUUGCUUGAUGAGGUAAAACCCCCUGGGAAGAUUAAGUAUGUGGCAGCAGCGUCAGGUGCUUUGCUCCCCGUGAUUGGUGUUGGGAAUGCCAAGGUUAAGGGAGCUAAUGGGGAGCUUGUGGGGCUUGGGAAUGUUCUGCUGGUUAAAGGCUUGUCUGCUAACCUUCUCUCUGUGCGACGACUGCAGAAGAGUAAGGCCGAAGUGACCUUUGGACCAACCAGCUGCCGUGCUAAGCUUGGGAAGAAGGUGCUGUGGAGUCUGGAAGAGGAGACCA